UUUUGAUCCUACAACACAGAUGAUGUGUAGUGAACAUUCAUUUCCAUUAGAUAAGACCGCUGCAAAUUGGUAAACCGUGAAAUUGGGGGAUGCAACAAAUCAUUUUAACUACACAAUUAAAAAACUUAAGUAUGUUUUCGAAGGUGACACACAUUGGCUAUUGUAUGAAACUAAAGCGCGGUGAAACUGAAAUGGAUGGCUCUGGGAUUUUAAAUUGUGAGUUGAUGAACCUUGUAAAGAAACGCGUAGCUUGCAGAGACAGAAUUGUUGAGCUACAUGACAAAUAUACCCAGGACAAAUUUAACAAAAUGAAAAGUAAUCAGAGUCUUAUAACUGCAAAUCACGAACAACGUUGUGAUACUUCAUGCCUCUCAUUGCUUGAUAUUUCACCGAGUGUUGUACGUAUAAAGGACAUAGUUGAGGACGAGGAAUUGCUCGUUCGUCAAUUUAAAGCACUGAACGAUUUUGAAUGUCAUAACGAUCGGUUGUCACCCUGAUUAACGAUUUAUCUAUAGUUUGCUGGCCUAUCGUGGUCUUCAAAAUCUAUUGGCAGACUUCUACCAUUCGAUAUGACCAACUAACGUACGCUUAGUUGAUAUGACACUACCCUAUCCAUCAACAGCUACCAAGGUUACCGUAUACUUGUAUUUUUGUCUCAAAAAUGAUCGUAAAACUUGUAAGUUCGGUAUGUACAUGUCGUCACUUUGUACUUGCAACUUCACUGGACCUAAUAAAGUUAAAGAUAUCGGUCUCUUUCUUUUUCUGUAUUUGUGCAGUUCUAGUCUGCUUAAAGUAUGAGAAACUGUAUUGUUUCUACGAAACUGAAGAGCCAAAAUAGGAUCAUGGCUCAGCAAGAUUGUCCAUGUGUAUCAGCAGUAUUUAGGAUUUGAAGUCGGUAUUUCACGUGGUCACAUUUCCGUCGCGCUUAUCGUUUCUUUGUAAUCAUCCUUUCAUUUUCGUUUAAUUGGACUAAUUCGUUAGCGUUUUACGUGGUUAAGAUAUUCUGAAUAGUAUUUUUCACACUGGAAGUGCACAGUCAUAUGCUUUGAAAUAAAUUGGGUAAUCAAGAUCUCCGUAGGUGUGUAGUAGAGGGAAGUCUGUCACAUUACAGGUUUAAUCGAAUAAAUGACAUGAACCUUGAAGUUCUUGUCGUUUCGCCUACAGAUUUUCUAGUUACGUACGCAGAAAUAACACUAGUUAACCAGUCGCAUUCAAAACAGUGGUUUGGCGGUUUAUUUCUGUUGAGUUAGUUUUGCUUGCUACAUUACUAAUGAAAAUAACGUUUCAGCGUAAUUAGGUCUGAAGUGAACGAUUGACAUGAAUGAUAAUCAUCCACAUAAAACCACUACUUCAAAUCUGGAGUUAAUGAGAACGUUGCGUUCAUGACUACUGUUUAAGAAACAAACCAAACAAGUGUGCGAACAGUCAAUUUCUUGAAGUCCGAAGGUGUGCUGUAGGACUUGUAAUCUUGCUAAAAUUCUCCACUUUAUUUGUUGACUUUGAAACUGACACACACUAUACGCUAAAAACGUAAUGGUCGAUUCUGUAUUGCAAAAUGCAGUGUUGGUUUUUCAGAAUGAUCAAUAAUUUGCUGUACCCCCAAAGAAGUUCUGUAACUAUAUGGGGAAAUAUGUGUUGGGUUAUGUUCAUACGAAAUGGCUUUUUAAGAAAAGUAAAUUACUGCAAUUGUUUCAGAUUGUUAAUAAUUUAUUAAAUCAACCUACCUGCUCUAGUGCUUCCUUGUGGUAUGCUGAAAACCAAUCUGUCCAAUUUUUUAUUGUCUAUAUGGUUUAUCGAUUUUCUGAGAUUCAUUUUACUCUGUUUGUCUAGCAAACUUUCAGUUAGUGAUUGAUCAUAAUCGAUAAUAAUAUUGUCUUUAUAGUAUGUGAACCACUCCAAUUGUUCCCUACACAAGUUCAUGGACAAUGAAAAAAGUUAUCAAUAAAAUAUGCACUUUGUAGUUACCAAAACAUUACCUGAAUCUAGUGAUCUAAACACCAAUAUUCGGAAGAUUAUACUGUGGUUUAGUUAUUUUACGUUCAAGGUUAACUACCAGUCCACCGUAUAAGUAGGGUUUGGCUACAUCUAUAUGACGUCACAAAGUUGGUUAGUAAAGUCACUCGUGGAACGCCACACCAACAAUUAUUGGGCUUCUUCAAGAUCCUUACAACACUUUGAGAUACGUCUCCAGCCGACCAUGGGUUUAAUGAUAAACAUAGACCCCCCUACAUUAGAAAUUUCUCCGUUUUCUUAGGGACCGAUAAAUCUGGGGGUUGGUUUGCGCUAACGAAUUGGAAACAGUAGAUAUUCUUAGUAAUUGUCAUUGGCUAUUUCAACUCAUCCGAGCGAAAAAUCAAGUAUCAGUGAAGCAAUCUGUUGAACCGGCAGUUAGUAACGUACGAUGGUGUCUUCGACGAUGAAUAUAGCUUUCUGACUAACAGUCAAACUGGUCUGUCACCCCAGCAACGUCGGCCAGAAUUUCCUGUACUUUUUAGUCGGUGACCAUCAAUAUACUUAACGAGAUAGAUGUACGCACAGAACUUCAACUUCUGAAGCCUUACAAGUAAAGGGGCUUAGAAGACACUCCUGGAUCGUCUUGAAAAUAUUGUCGAACUCCUGAUCAGAGAACUGAUUAUUGUUUAGAAAAGUAUAACCCAAGGUUUGGUAAUAUGUGCAUGAGCAUUUUCACGAUAAUUCAUUUGGCGUCAUCAGUGAGACACCAGCUUCGGUGGUUUGGACGGGUGUCUUAGCGAUUCUUUGUUGUGCAUUAAUUUCCGGCAACGGCACGGGCUGUAAUAGGUUCGAAGAAGUGAUCAAUUUAUGACGUGCCACUGUGGCAUGAAAGAAAAUUACUUAGGACUGGCAUCUGUCAGUUUAUGGAGACUCUGGUUGAGAUCCUAGAGAUCGCGAAAUCCAGUGGCUUAAGGUGCUACCGGACACUGCUCAUAAAGGAUGCCAUUGGAAAACCUACUGUAUUUUUCCUUCAUACAUCAGAAUCGCGAGAUGAGUUUUCUCAACUGAAGGAGAAAUCUUCCGUUGUUGUAUUUCUAGUCUAACUGUAUCUCAUUUUACAUUCCCUUCUUAUUUACUUACUGUAUUUGAUUGCACUCCGUUUCUCUUUGUUUCCUAAUAACGAUAUCUCUUCCCUUAUAUAGCGCAUACUAUUCUCUGUUAUAUGAAUCAGAUUUUUCUUGUGAUACUCUUAUACCUUCAAAUUAAACUUCUGGGACCCUUCUGAUUACUUAGUUCUCAGUGACUAAAUUGUUUUCAGAAAAUAGGCCUCAGAGCUUUAUUUUAAUAAAACAUUGAGACUGAAUUUCAUUAAUCGGUCUAAUUGGCAAGAAGUAAAGUGUCAAGUGAGACCAUUGUUAGUCAUGGAAGUUUGAGGCUACAAUUGUAUGUUCACAGUAAUUAUGCAGAGUAUAUACUUUUGUUAGGCUUUAUUUAUGAAUCUACCCAUUACUUAAUGGCGCUGGAUUUCUUUAUUCAGUGUAUGGUAAGUAGGGUUGAGUAUAUAAGGAGAAUCUAAGUGUCAUCGACGUUUAGAUCACCUAUCCUCUUCUCAAAGACCCACUUCUUAACUGAGCAGUUUUCUUUCGAUCUCAGAUCACACAAAAGUUGGUCUUCUAAUCACAACCGUCUUAUAAAAUCCAAUUAGUAAAAAUAUAGUCGGGAUAGACGUGGUGUAUACAGCUUAGAUGUGCUUACACUUAUUCUAUGAGGUCCUCCUACUAUGGAUUAUUUCAUAUAGAAGUAAUCACAUAUAGUCAUAUGGUGAAAAGUUUUUGUUUAGUUUCGUCAAUACUCGUUAAAGUACCAUACUAAUUUACGGUUGUGGUCAACCAAUGAAUUUUUGUAGUUGAAAAUUCCUCCAGUUGGAAUCGCCUUUGGCAAUCUAAUUGGGAAAAGGAUUUUCUGUCUGGGGCAUUUACUGGUUCUGCUCACGGAAAACCUUUUCUUAAACUAAGGUAUCAGUAAAUAAACAGACAGACUAUCUAAAGUUAGAUUGAAAUGUUUUCUAAAAGAUAAUAAUGAUGACCAGAUUUGUAAAUAUGUGUUCCUUUGUACGUAUUUCACGUGGAGAUCCACUAAUCGAAAACUGGAUUUUAAGUGAUAUUGAUAGGUUUAUACACUAAAUUCACGUGGAAUUAUUGUUUAUUUUAAGCAGUAAUUCAUUUAGUUGUUAGUAUACGGUACGCUGAAAUUCGAUAAUUAGUAAAAUUAAUACUAAAUGGG